AUGGCGGCUGGACCAUACUUCUUCGUGUGGGCGACAGCUUUAAGAUGCCGAUUACAACACAUUCAGACUGGUUUACUUGAGAGGAGUCUUCAGACUCAUCUGUUGAGGAAACAGCAAGUUAUGUUCUACCCAACAUCAAAACAUUACAAUCCAAAAUUUCGAAAAGAAAGAGCAAAAAAAUUCCUCAAGGUGGACUUACCCAAUUUUGACAAAAUUCGAAAUGACCAGAAAUUAUCCCCUGAUGAAUUACGAAUAAAGAUGAAAAAAGAAGGGAAACAACCACCUCGAACACAUCAAGAGAGAACAAUAAACAUCAGUUGUACAGGGGGGAUUUUUGAAGCCUAUGUUCCACCUGAGGGAGAUGGUAAAUCUUCACUUGUUUCAACAAAGGGUGCUAAACAAAGGCUAACAGGGCUGGAGAAAAAAGGCACAUCACUCAUGUCUGUCCGUAAAAUAAAGAAAUAUUUGGCUGAUUUUGACACUAAAGAAUUUGCCCAAGAAGCUCAAGACAUUGUGAUGGAAGCACAUAAAUUACUUGAAAAUGUAAAGGAAAAUGAAGAACGUUUGCAUGAGUUGGUCACUGAGAAAGCUUAUCCUGAACUUACCCAUGGACUUGAAUUGAAAACAUUUAAGUGGAAUUUUGUCGGUUCUAUCGAGCCUCCUCGUGUUGUUCAUGUCAGAGUUACAGAUAUGAUGAGUAAAGAGAAUCUCUAUGCACAAGUAACAGUACGUUUGUUUACCCAACAGUGUCUUGCCAUCUAUGACAGAUUUGGUCGUCUCAUGUAUGGCAGUGAGAAUGUAGUAAAAGAUGUAUUAGAAUAUGUUGUCUUGGAGAAUCACAUCUCCAAUUUGUAUGGACAUUGGAGAAUUCACAGUAAAAUCAUACCAGAAUGGAUGCCAUCCAGAGAUCCAAUCCUUAGGACAUACCGACUUCCAGAAUUUGAAGCAAUUGAAGAUGAUCCAGAAGAAGAAGAUGAAAAUGUUGAAGUAAAACCAUCAGAUGAUGGAGAUAAACCACAAUUUGCUACAGCAUAA